AUGUCUAUUGAAAACCUCAAGUCUUUCGAUCCUUUCGCAGACACUGGUGAUAACGAAACAGACACCGCCAACUAUAUCCACAUCCGUAUCCAACAGAGAAACGGAAGAAAGACGUUGACCACUGUACAAGGAUUACCUGCUGAAUAUGAUUUGAAAAGAAUCUUGAAGGUCCUUAAGAAGGACUUUGCUUGCAACGGUAACAUUGUCAAGGACGAUGAAAUGGGUGAGAUUAUCCAAAUGCAGGGUGACCAAAGAGCCAAAGUUUGCGAAUUCAUGGUCACUCAACUAGGCAUGAAAAAGAAGAACAUUAAGAUCCACGGUUUUUAG